ACUAUUUUAUCCCAAGUUGAUAGAAAAAUAGAUGAGGAAAGAUUCAUAUCAACCUCCCCCACUCAAUUACUAUGAUUUUUUUAUAAUCCAACUGCAAAAUUCAAUUAUUUACAAAAAAACUAAUCACUCUCCUCGCCUUCUCUCUAUGGAUCACCAGACCUGUUUUGUGUUGCUAUUGCCACCCUUCAUCUUCACCCUCUUCAUCCUCAAACACUUGUCAUCCCAUCAAAACCAAAACCAAAACCAAAACCUACCACCAUCUCCGCCAUCCCUACCACUAAUCGGCCAUCUCCACCUCCUCAAGAAGCCCAUCCACCUCACUCUAGCCUCUCUCUCCUCCCACCUCGGCCCCAUCUUCUCUCUCCGCUUAGGCUGCAAAUCCUUCCUCAUAAUCUCCUCUCCCUCCGCCAUCGAUGAGUGCUUCACCACCAACGACGUCGUCUUCGCCAACCGCCCCUCCUCCCUCUCCGGAGACCACCUCACCUACAACUACUCCGCCUACACGUGGUCCCCCUACGGCCAGCUCUGGCGGAUCCUCCGCCGCCUCACUGUCGUCGAGCUCUUCUCCUCGCGCAGCCUCCAAAGAUCCGCCCAUAUUCGAGAGGAGGAGAUGCUUCGAGUUCUACGGCGGCUGCGGAAGGAGAGCGGGAGGAGAGUUGAUCUGAAUAGCUUGAUCUCCGCCUUCAGCUUCAACGUCGUGAUGAGAGGUAUCGCCGGGAAACUGUGUGUUGGGGAGGAGGAGAUCGGGGCGGAGGCGGGAAGGGAGAUUCUGCGAUCGAUGCGUUGGAUGUUCUCGCCUACCGUGUCGUUAGGUAUGUGUGAUUACUUUCCGAUUUUGAGAUGGAUUGGCUACAAAGGGCUGGAGAAGAACGCAGUGUUGAUGCAGAGGAAGAGGGAUGAGUUUUUGCAGGCCAUGGUCGAUGAAAUCAGAGUGAAAAGUGGCGGCGCCACGGCGGAGGAGGGGAAAAGGAGAAACGGCAAUUUGAUUGAACGUCUACUGUCGGUUCAAGCGUCGGAGCCUGAUCUCUACAACGAUGAUAUCAUAAAGAGUAUUUUAGUGGUAAUGCUGGCGGCCGGAACAGAUACCUCUGCCUUGACAAUGGAAUGGGCCAUGUCGAAUCUGCUGACUCAGCCCCACGUGCUGCAAAAGCUACAACAAGAGAUAGACGAAAACAUAGGCCAUGAUGGCCUGAUCAACGACGCCGAUCUUCCAAAGCUCCCGUAUCUCCGUUGCGUUGUCAACGAGACUCUGAGACUGCACCCUGUGGCUCCGCUGCUCAUACCCCACCUCUCGUCUGAGGAGUGUAGGGUCGGGGGGUAUGACAUCCCCCGGGGCACCAUCCUGCUGGUGAAUGCCUGGGCCGUGCACCGCGGCCCAGGGCAUUGGGAUGAGCCGGAGAAGUUUUAUCCGGAGAGAUUUGAGGGUUUGGAGGCUGAGAGGGAAGGGAGCCGGUUCUUGCCGUUUGGGAUGGGGAGAAGGGCUUGCCCCGGGGCGGCCAUGGCCCUGAGGACGGUGUCGUUGGCGUUGGGUGCGUUUGUGCAGUGUUUCGAGUGGGGAAAGGGGGAUGUUGAGGUUGAUUUUGGGGUGGAUUUGGGUGUUACCUUGCAUAAGGCAAAGCCUCUUGAGGCUGUUUGUGUUGUGAGGAAUGAAGCAGUGCAUCUACUUUAGAUCCACGAGUUGGAUUGAUCAUCACUUUGAUUGAGGACGUUGUGUCUUUUAUCUUCUUUGAUUUGAUUUGGUUUGGUUUGGUUUGUGUUGUGAUAAUCCAAGAGUUAAAUUCAACUUA